AUGGCCGUGACGAAGCUCAGCGCCGACGCGCCGCCGUACCUCUCCCCCAACCGCCUCCAGCUCUCCCCUCCGCUUCCCCAUCCUCCUCCUCCUCUUCACAUGGCGAUGUCUGCAGCACAGUACCACGCUGCCACGCUGCCUUUCCCUGCCGUCGUCGCGACCUACCCCUACGGCGCCCCGUUCUUCCUCGCCGCUCCCCGACCCGUCGUCCAUGGAUUUACUCGCCCCCCACCGCCGGCGCGUUUCCUUUUGAAGCCUGCGGCAGUGAACAAUCCCUUCCUCUCGCCACUGCCGCCGCCUUUGUGCUCCUCCGAAUCUAUCCCCUCGCCUACGUCCACGCUGCUGCCUCUUGGCGGCACGGCUCUCUCCUCCUCGCCCUCGCCGCCGACGUCACCACCGGUGCGGGCUUUGAGCCCCGAGGCUGCCCCGUUCGUCCCGCUGCCGUCCGACCCAUUCGUCCCGCCGCCGUUCGGCUCCGCUCCGCACAAGCUCAUCUCCCUCGCGGGCGCCGGCGGCGUGGAGGCCGAGAAAAAGCUGCAGGCGGAGGGUGCUGAAGCUGCUGCUGCGGCGGCGGCAGGGGCCAAACCCGCGAAGCCGCCGCGGCGCGGAAUAACGAAGGGGCCCAGGAGGCGCAGGCAGGCAGCGGAGCCGGCGCCGGUGGUCCCGCGCGCCGCCAAGCCGGCCAGGUCGCCGCCGCCGUUGUUCACGACGAGGCCUCAGACGCCGGUGCCCGCCCCGGAGUGGCGCGACAACCAGGAGCUCACCACCCUCAUGAUCCGCAACAUCCCCAACAGGCUCACGCCCGGCGAGCUGAUGCUGUUGCUGGACGACCACUGCGCCCGCGCCAACAAGAAGGAGCGCGGCGGCGGCGCCACGCUAGCUGCCUACGAUUUCCUCUACCUGCGGAUGGAUUUCAGCCGGUGA